AUGAUAGAUUUAAUCAUUAGGGAUUCACCCACAGAUACAUGUCAAACAGUAAGUGAAUACAAUGGCCAUCAAAAUAUACGGAUCCUUGCCGUCUUCAUAAUUAUGAUAUCAUCGGGCCUCGGGGUCUAUUUCCCAAUCCUUUCCUCUACAUAUUCAUUCAUACGACUUCCUGAUUGGUGUUUCUUUAUCGCAAAAUUUUUCGGUUCAGGAGUCAUCGUAGCCACUGCUUUUAUUCAUUUAUUACAACCGGCAUCGGAAGCUCUAGGGAAUGAUUGUCUAGGUGGAACUUUCGAAGAGUAUCCCUGGGCUUUUGGGAUUUGUUUGAUGUCUUUAUUCUUAUUAUUCUUCACGGAAAUCGUCACACAUUAUUACGUGACGAAAGCAAUGGGUGGAGAUCCUCAUGAUCAUGAUGGAAUAAUGGAAAAAGACGAUAAUGAUUCGAGUUUAUCUCAUGAUGAUAGUUUAGACAUUUCAACUUCAUCGAAUCUUAAUAAUAUGACUAAUGAAAAUAACAGUAAUAAUAACAACAUAGAAGUCUUCUACAAUAGAGAAGUAAGUAAUAUCGAUGGAGGUAUUAUUAAUGAUACAAAUAAUCUCAACAUUGACGAUAAUAACAAUAACGAUAAUAGAAACUUUGGAGACCUGAGUAUAUUGAAGAAAGAGCAAUAUACCGAACAUAACUAUGAAUAUAACCAGAACGUAGAUAGAGAAACUGGAUACUUUGACGAUUAUAAAUUGGAUCUGGAGUCUGGAAUGAAUAUCCCAACUAGAGCCACUCAAAAACCAUUGAGUAAAUUGGUCUCUGUUCCCGGCCAGGAUCACUAUGGCCAUGACGAAGACCAUCAGGAUGUAUCCCAGAUUGGUACACCAGUGAACCAAAAGGAGAGAGAACAAUAUCUGAAUCAGAUCUUCUCAGUGACAAUUUUGGAAUUUGGUAUCAUUUUCCAUUCUGUCUUUGUUGGUCUGUCACUUUCUGUCUCUGGUGAAGAGUUUGAAACAUUGUUCAUCGUGUUAACAUUUCAUCAAAUGUUCGAAGGGCUAGGUCUAGGGACUAGAAUUGCAGAGACUCCCUGGCCUGCAAGUAAAAGACUCACACCUUGGUUCAUGGGUCUUGCAUUUACGUUAACAUCACCAAUCGCGGCUGCGAUUGGUAUCGGUGUUCGUAACUCCUUUUUACCAGGUUCAAGAACAGCUUUGAUUACAAACGGUAUCUUUGAUUCAAUUUCUUCUGGUAUUUUAAUCUACACUGGUCUUGUGGAACUAAUGGCUCACGAAUUCUUAUAUUCAAACCAAUUUAAAGGUCCUGAAGGUUUUAAAAGAAUGCUCUGUGCUUAUUUUAUUAUGUGCUGCGGUGCAGCACUAAUGGCACUAUUAGGUAAAUGGGCAUAA